UGUCGAAGUGCUACUGAAGCGCUGAGAUCUGACAUCAACGCCCAGCAUGGUCAAGCGCAAAGUAGACGGCCUCGAUGGCAGCACGCUACCACCUGCGAGGCUUAUGGCAGCUAACGAGAAAAGCGUUAGAUCAAAAGCGCUCGAAGCCAUGGCCAUCUAUCUCGCGAAUGGAGCUCAGGACGAGCGGGAGGAUCUGUCAUCAUCCGAGGGAUCUGAAUGGGAGCAGCCGUACAAGCCAGACUCGCGCUUGAAGGACGCGGCAUUGACAACACUCUGGAAAGGAGUCUUUUACAGCUUCUGGAUGUCCGACAAGCCAAUUGCUCAGCAGGCAGAUGCAGCAGCUAUUGCGAAUCUCGUGCUGGCAAUACGUCCCAAAAGAGUCACGGGCAGGGCUGCACGGACGAGGUGUGCCCUGAGGUUACUGCAAGGCUUCUGGACGACUGUUCGCGAAGAGUGGCGUGGUAUUGAUAGACUGAGAACGGACAAGUACUACAUGCUGAUACGAAAUGUCCUGCGCGCUUCCUUCCUUCUGCUUGCAAGGGAGCAGUGGGACCUUCACGCCAUUCGAGAGCACAACGAGCUCCUUCGAUCAGAGUCAUGUGGGCCGCUGAGAGUGGACAGCAACAAGACACCAUUGGGAGUCAGCUAUCACGUAGCAAGCAUCUAUUUGGAAGAGCUGGACACCGCCUUGCGCUUGUCUUCCUCUGAAGAAGACGAGACAAAGCCAGCGCUUGACCUUCUGGAGCUCCUCGAGCCAUUACUACAAGCAAUGGACGAAGCGCCUACAAAGGCUGUCUUUGUCAAAUUGCGAGAAUUCGUCGUUGACCCUCUGAUCCACGUUCGAUCUGUCGACAAAGUCGACGAAGUGCCAUCGUCAAACCGAGCUCGGACAUCUGAAGACGCCGAUCCGCAGUCUCUGUCUGCAUAUCCAAUACUUUUCGCCGCGCUGCAGCAUACGCCAUCUGUCCAGGAAGUCCGUCUGACGAUCUUGAGAGCCCUGUUCGCUCGAGGAGCAAGGGACAGUACUUCUGCAGUUGCCCGACAUCGGUACUAUGCAAUCUGUGCAGAGUCCGAAGUUGCAGAAGACUUCAGCCGCGUCCGGGGAAAAUUGAAGGGGCGAUCAUGAAAUCC